GAUCAGGGGUGGGAAGGGGAGAAGGCGGGGUUGGACGCCUGCCUGGCUCAGGAUGGCCCUGGGCUUCGGGACUCCUUAGGCGGCGCCAGGGGGAGAGGCUUCCCCUGUCCCAAGCAGAUCUGGAUGGGGGCGCCCUUGUCACCAUGGAGGGGGUGCUGUACAAGUGGACCAACUAUCUGAGCGGCUGGCAGCCUCGGUGGUUCCUUCUUGCAGGAGGUGUGUUAUCCUACUAUGACUCACGGGAAGAUGCUUGGAAAGGCUGUAAGGGAAGCAUCCAAAUGGCAGUAUGUGAAAUUCAAGUUCACCCAACAGAUAACACGCGAGUGGAUUUGAUUAUCCCCGGAGAACAGUACUUCUAUCUGAAAUCCAAAAAUGCAGCUGAUAGACAAAAGUGGCUGGUUGCUCUAGGAACUGCCAAGGCCUGCUUGACGGACAUCCGGACCCUCAAAGAAAAAGAGUUUUCAGAAAACACGGAUGCUUUGAAAACGAAAAUGGCAGAACUUCGGUUGUAUUGUGACCUCCUUGUUCAGCAAGCAGAUAAAACAAAGAAUGGAGUCGACACAGGAGCACUGUUGACAACCACCUGUACUACAUUCCUGAAGACCCUUGAUGAAUGUAUGCAAAUUGCAAAUGUGGCCUUCUCUUCUGAGUUGCUUUAUCAGCCAACCUCUGGAUCUCCACAUUCAGCUUUCUACAAAUUAAACAAGCUCAAACUUCCCAGCAUAUUUAGCCGCGGUGUAGCAGAAAGGCAGAUGGAACUUAAAAAUACUGAAAAUGGAUAUAUAUAUGCAAAUGCUAAUCUUCCUGAGCAAACCCCUGUACUCCUGAAAACUGGUGAACGGGACCAUGAAAAACUUAUUACAGAUGGUAGCAAAAAGGAUGGAAAAGAUAAGCUGCUGCCAAAAAUACCCGAUCGGGACACCAAAUCUUUAGAACUUCCAGCGGAUUCCAUAGGCAAAUCAACACCCCUGAGCGAAGAAACAAACAAAGAUUUUAAGACAUUCUUCAGUGCUAUGAGCAUCAGAUUUAGUGAUAUCGAGCUUUCUGAGGAUGAAGGAAUACCAACAGAAGAAUUUCUGCGAUCUUGUUAUGAAAUAGUUCCGGUCCUGGAUAAACUUGGACCCACAGUCUUUGCUCCUGUUAAAAUGGAUUUUGAAGGAAACAUCAAGAAAAUCAAUCAGAAAUACAUAACCAGCAAAGAUGACUUCCAUACACUUCAGAAACUCAUCCUACAUGAAGUGAGCUCUGGAGACGCGCAACUUCGUAAUUCUGCCACAGAGGCUCUCAUGUGGCUGAAAAGGGGCUUGAAGUUUUUGAAAGAGUUUUUGAUUGAGAUAAAGAAUGGAGAAAAGAACAUUCAGACAGCACUAAAUCAUGCUUAUGGCAAAACAUUAAGGCAGUACCACGGCUGGGUUGUCCGAGGAGUUUUUGCGCUAGCACUGAGGGCAUCCCCCACCUAUGAAGGCUUUGCGUUGGCACUAUCGAUUGGAGAACAUAAAUAUCAGGAAGACAUUUUUUAUAAUAGCAUGCAAAGGGACCUUGACAUCUACCUACCCGCCAUGGAAAAACAGCUCAGCAUCUUGGAUGCACUGUAUGAAGAACAUGGGCUGGAAUCCAAUGAAGUGGUGUGACCGCCAGCUCAAACAGUGCCUCUCAAAUUCAGGGAUUGUGUCUGUUAACAUAGCUUUUUUUCCCAGAAGUCCAUUCUGUUUCUGUGUGUGUUUUUCCAUACUUGAGAAGGGACGCAAAACUUCAUUUUUUACAUGUUUUUAAAUGCUUGUUUAUGUUUAACUGCAAAGGUGCUAUAUAUUCUGGCAACAUGGUCUCUACCUUCAAAGCAAAUACUUUUAGCCAGAUAUGGUGAUAUUUACUGUGGGCCAAGCAAUCUGUAGUAGUUGAUCCAACAGCUGGAUAGCUACAGUUUAUUACCAUUGUGCUGAAUUUCUCAGAGCAUCUCUGUACCAGAGCUAUAGAGAGUUACGUUUUUGAGGCAACAAUUCCCAGGAUCCUCCAGUUCAGGUGGCCACGGGCUCCGCUCCCUGGGGAUUUUGGGAGUUCGGGGCCAGAAUUCACAUUUGCACAUGUAAAUAUCGCUUACACAUGCAGAAGUGCUAUUUGAGGCACUGUUGGGGCUAGUACUCCCUUUCUCUCCACACAGCACUUAAAGUUCCCUUCCCAAUUUACUGCAAAAUCUUAAAGCUAUCUGGUGUAGCCAUUCAUUCUUCAGCAGGAUUGGAAAGUAUGUGUCAAUAAAGGCAGACACACUGAAUACAGAAGCACUAAGACUUCCGAGGACCUCCCCCAAGUUCUCAGCACUGAUGUCAUCAUUCUGCAUCUUGCUAUGCAUUCUGCAUCUGGAUAUACAAUUCUGCCUGCUCACCUUGAAACCUUCAGGGCUUUUCCAUAAACUAAUAUAUGGUUCAGAGUAACAUGUGGAUAUUUACACUACUCUGAGGGGACAUUGAGUUGCUCUGUGAUGGUCAUAAAGUUCCAGAUUCAGAUCAACAAGUGCAGAACUCAGAUUUGCAACUCAAAAUCCAACCAGUAUUUGAAAGUCUCAUAUCUUAUGCAAUUUAGUGGCUAUCUAAGUCUUCCUCAAAAGCAAAAUCUAGGGAUUAUUUUCACAACUACCUAUAUGCAUCAUUAACCGAUUUUGUUAACGUGUUCUGAAUCUAGCUGGUCUUCCCAAUUAGAGGAGACUCCUUGAAUCAAUAUAAAUGUCAAUUUGCCAGUCUGCAGUUGAUUUAAUGGGUUUACUCUAUUUGCAACUAGAAGUUGGAAUUAAGUCCAAAUGUUGAAAGUAUUGGCUGUAUUCAUCUGCAGUGAGUUAACUUGUAGCUUGGAUUUGCUCUGACCUCUUGUUUAUCCAUUGAUAAUACAUAUAGAUUAGCAAGAAUGCAGGGACAUAAUUUGCCAUGUGAUGUGUGGAAUCAUAGGCAGUAGGAGAAUGUGCCUGUCUGUCCCAGAAUAAUCCAGUGAAGAUUAUCCUAAACUCUCUGAAGUGAAAUUGGUUUGCAAUCAAUAGAAAUAAUUUUCAAGUUGAAAGGCUCCAAGAUUGUAGCAUUUAUCAUAUUAGUGGAGAUUUGACUAUAUCCUUUAUCAUUGACUUUGCUGGUGGAAACAGAUGAGAGCUGUUUUAUGUGCUUGUAGACCUUGUCUGAAACCCAUACAGUCCUUUGCCUUAUAGCGUCUAUACCACUCUCCACAUUUGAUUAUGAAAGACUGAAUUGAGAACUAUGACCCACUGUAGCUGGAAGUCUUCAAGCGUGAUUAAAUAUCACCGGGCUGCCUCUUCCUACUAUUUAAAAGUAUAGAAGGUGUGUUUAACUAACCUUACAGAUCUCAGUAAAAUGACAUGUCAGAAUUCAGCUCUGCAUGAAAGGUGAGUAACCAGUAUACGAAACAGAGAGAAGUGAAUCCAGAAUUUGUCUUUUGCCAUACUAAAGUUGUGAGGAGGACUUGUAUUCAAAAGAAUAGUGUCUCAUCUUCAGCAGGGCUUCACACCAAUAUAUUGACAUUGCCAAAAGUGGGGUAGUCUUUGUUGCCACUUUCUUUUCCCUUGCCAAAAUAUUGCCAUUGUACUCUUGAUUUCUCCAUUCUACUGGGUCUUCUGUCUGUUUUUCCUUUAUUCUGUUACAUUCUGACCUUUAUUCUGAUGGACACUUUGCUUUCUGUAAAUAUGGGAAAUAUGGAGGCUUGGGAGAACAUUAUUCUAGAUAGGAGAAUGUUGGAAGCUGUAAUAAACCUUGCUGAAUAAUCA